CGACCGUCAAGCUUGACCGACGACCAGAGGGGCAACAGGUUCUUUAUACCCGGCCUUGAAAAGUCAAUUCCUAGCAAUCUUCGAGCUCCUCACAAAAUCUUUGAACCGUAGAAGAGUCUUCAUCGCAAUUCGGGCCACAAUCGUUUCUUAUUUUAACCCAGUAUAACUUAGAGAUGCGUUUUGGAAGCACGUUGCGAAAGUCUGUUUACGGCCCUUGGAAGGACAAGUAUAUUGACUACGGAAAGCUCAAGAAGCUCCUCAAAGAGAGCGAGGGCGAUGGAUCACCGAUUGAACGAGAUGAAGACGAGUGGACGGAAGAAGAUGAGAGCAAUUUUGUCGAGGAACUAGUCAACGUCCAAUUGGAGAAAGUGAACGAUUUCCAAGCGCAGACCUAUCAAAAACUUCGCGACCGUACGUCAGCGUGCGAGAACGAUCUUGAACCCUUAUCCCUUCGCCCACAAGGCUCCGAAGACAGCAAAGAUCAAGAUGUUAUAACCAAGUCAUCUGCCACCCGCGAAGUAUCCGAUGACGAGCGCGAGACGAUCCUCAAGAAGACACUCAAAGAGCUGGAUAGCGUUACGAAAGAGGUAAAUGAGCUAGAAAAGUACAGUCGUAUCAACUAUACAGGCUUUUUGAAGGCAGCGAAGAAGCAUGAUCGUAAACGAGGGCAUAUGUACAGGGUGCGACCUCUUCUUCAGGUCCGCUUGGCUGCUCUGCCAUUCAACUCGGAGGACUACUCUCCACUCCUGUACAAGCUUUCUGCAAUGUACUCGUUCGUCAGACAAAGUUUGGAGGGAAAGAAAGAGGGCUUGUCAUUCAGUGAAGGCCAGACCGGUGGCGAGACUUUCGUAUCACACAAAUUCUGGGUUCACCCUGAGAAUCUUCUCGAGGUCAAGACCGUAAUCUUGCGCCGUUUGCCGGUCCUUGUAUACAACCCGCAGACUUCCAAAAUCGCCGAAGGCUCCCAGCGAGACCCUACGAUUACAUCCAUAUACUUCGACAACCCUAACUUCUCACUGUAUACUGAUAAGGUCGAUCACAAGCCAAAUGCUGCCUCUUUAAGACUCAGAUGGUAUGGACAACUAGCUGAAAAGCCCGAGAUCUUGGUCGAGAAAAAGAUCAUCAAAGAAGGUGAUGUGAGCGAGGAGCAGAGGUUCUCAACUAAAGAUAAAUACGUUCAAGGAUUCAUUACACGUGACAACAGGCUAGAGAAAAACGUCAAGAAACUGGAGGAUCGCUUCGGGGAAGAUUCCGCCCAUGUCCAAGACUAUAAAACAGCAGUCAAUGAUAUUAGCCAACUGAUACAGGAUGCAAAGCUCGAGCCGAUGGUACGUGCAAACUACACCCGGACCGCCUUUCAGAUACCCGGAGACGACCGAGUGAGGAUUUCCCUGGACACGAACCUCAGUCUCAUCCGUGAAGACGCUUUGGAUCAGUCUAGACCAUGUCGAGAUCCGGCUGAGUGGCAUCGUACAGAUAUCGACAAUAAUGAGAUGGAGUAUCCAUUCAGUGGAGUCAAGAAAGGCGAGAUCAACAGAUUUCCGUUCGCGCUUUUAGAGAUCCGUAUAAAGGGAAAUAAGAAUUAUGAAUGGGUGUCUGACCUCAUGGACUCUCAUCUGGUAAAGACGGCCCCUCGCUUCUCUAAGUUCGUUCAUGGCAUUGCGGUCCUUUUCGAAGACUACGUCAAUAGCUUUCCUUUCUGGCUCAGUGAAGUGGAGACAGACAUCCGCCGAGACCCACAAAAAGCGUUCGAAGAGGAGCAAGAACGCAAAGCCAAGGCUGCCGAAGAUGAUGUUGCUGUUGGAAGUUUAUUUGGUACGCAAAGCAGUCUGGCGAGACAGAGCUUUCAGCCGGCGAUGGGUUCUCCCAUUCGCUCACCAGCCAGCAGGUCAGCUCCUUCAAGGCCAGGUAAAGCUACAGCCGAGAUGGCACGGAAAGCUUCGAUGGCGGCAAUCACGCGAGAAAGCGGAAAGGAUGCUGCUAUCGAGGACGAAGAUUCGGACGACGAUGGCGUUCAAGGCAAGCGCACGAAGCGAAGCCGGACAGGUAUCCGGUCCUUUAUUCCAUCCUUUUCCAAUUCAAAGUACGGUCAAUCCAAACGCUUUGGGAAUGCGAAAUUACCUCCAGGCCUUGUGGAGCCCACGAAUUGGCUUAAGGAUCGAGGAGAGGUGAUUGUGGAGCCUAAAGUAUGGCUGGCAAACCAGCGUACGUUUGUCAAAUGGCAGCAUGUUGCCGUGUUACUGGCAUCACUCUCCUUGGGUCUGUACAAUGCCGCAGGAGUGGACAACACCGUUGCCGUUACUCUUGCGUAUGUAUACACAGCUCUAGCGAUCUUCAUUCUUGGAUGGGGAUGGGCAAUCUACAUGUACAGGAGUAAACUCAUUCGAGAGAGGAGUGGAAAGGACUUCGACUCAGUGAUAGGACCAGUCGUCAUUUGUGUCGGAUUAGCAGUCGCACUGGUACUGAAUUUUGCUUUCAAGUACCGGGCGGCGUUGGAGCAGCGCAAUGAUCACCACCAUCACAACACGACAAUACAGGUUUGAUUAGAGUAGUUCUGGGCCAGGAUUAAGGAUAUGAAGAUUGCGUAUCAUCUUCGUCCUGUGUUUCAGUGUAAUCGUAAUGAGCAUCAAUAGUGGGUAAAAAGUAAUACGUAUACAUACAUAGUUACAAGGUAUUUCAGCGGCAAGGUGUCGUGAAACCACAAAUCUGCGCCGGCCGCAACGGCACAAUUCAUUACUUGCAUCUUCAACGGGGAUGGCCAAGCACCAACAUUGUGUGGAGGAAAGAUCGAACGAUUUAAUGGUGAACUAACGUCGAUU